AUGCGUACUUUAUUAGCUCAAAAAAACUGUGCAGUCAAUCAUAAAAAUUAUUCAUUUUUGCUUUGGGUGGUUGCUAUCACUGGUGGUGCAUCGGGAAUUGGUAAAGGACUGGCGCAAAAAAUUGCAUUAGAGGAGAAUGCCAUCGUCUGCAUUUUGGAUAUUAAUCAGGAAGAAGGAAUUCGAACUGUAUCACAAAUUACUGAAAAUGGUGGGCGAGCAUAUUUCUUCCUGUGUAAUGUUGCAAAAUCCGAUGAAGUAAAAUUGUGCGCAGAGCAAAUAUUCAGCAAUGCAAAAAUUGGUAGCAUUGAUAUCUUAGUUUGCAAUGCAUCGAUACUCAGAAUCGGCAAAUUUAUUGAUUUAGAUGAUAAGGAUUAUCAAGAUACAGUGAAUGUCAACAUUCUCGGUUACAUUUAUACAAUGAGAGCCUUUUUGCCGCGUAUGAUGGAUCGAAAUCAUGGGCAAAUUGUCGCGAUUGGAUCGAUUUGUAGUCAUUAUGGAGAUUAUCUUGGAACUGCUUACUGCACAGCAAAAUUUGCUAUCCGCGGAUUAAUGGAAACUCUCCAAAUGGAACUUUAUGAAGAGAAGAAAAAUGGUGUAGUAUUGACAACUAUUUAUCCAUAUUUUGUUGAUACGGCACUUAUUUCAAACAAUAUGACAGAACCGUUCAGCACAUUUUACGAUGUAAUACCAUUGGAUAAAUGCGUUGAAGAAAUUUUGGAUGCAAUUCUAAAGGAACGAAUGUAUUAUUUUAUCCCACAAUCUCUGGCAUUCUUAUGUAAUGCUGCAAAAUGCUAUACAACGAAAUACUCAAUGCCGUAUAUAAGGCGACUGGUCAACUGCAGAUAUCAAACUCUCAACAGAAGAGAAGGCAAUGAAGUAUAA